GAGGCGGAGGAGGAGGCGGAGGCGGGCGGGGCGGCCGAGGACCCGGCUCUGGCAGGAUCCGAGGGUCCGGCCGGCUGUAAUUCCCCCCUAAUCCCCUGCACGGCGGCGCUUCCCCGGCCGAGCCAUGGCUGCGGCUCCCCCGCCAUGCCGAGCCUAGCGGAGAGCGGGCGGAGCGGCGCCCGGGAGGCGCACAAAAUGAAGACCCUGAUGCGCCACGGGCUGGCCGUCUGCUUGGCGCUCACCACCAUGUGCACCAGCUUGUUGCUCAUGUACGGCGGCAUCGGAGGCGGCGGCGGGGGCCACGCGGAGCCUCGGCGGCGGCAGCAGCAGCAGCAGCAGGUGGCGGCGGUGCCCAGCCGCCCGCCGAUACGCGACCAGCACCGCCCGGCGCUCCCCGUCGGGGCCGGACUCCUGGAGGGCUACAUCAGCGUCCUGGAGCACAAGCCUUUAAAAAUGCACUGCAAGAGCUGCGCGUUGGUAACCAGUUCUGGACACCUUCUGGGAAGUAAACAAGGUGACAGAAUCGACGAGACGGAGUGCGUUAUACGAAUGAAUGAUGCACCUACCCGAGGUUAUGGGCAAGAUGUUGGGAACAAAACAAGCCUUCGAGUCAUUGCACACUCCAGUAUUCAGAGGAUUUUGCGAAAUCGCAACGAACUCUUAAAUAUGAGCCACGGUGCUGUGUUCAUCUUCUGGGGUCCUAGCAGCUACAUGAGGAGAGAUGGUAAAGGCUUGGUGUACAACAACCUGCAGCUGAUGAAUCAGAUACUGCCUCAAUUAAAAGCAUACAUGAUUUCUCGCCACAAGAUGCUUCAAUUUGAUGACCUUUUCAAACGGGAAACUGGGAAAGACAGGAAGAUAUCCAACACUUGGCUUAGCACGGGCUGGUUCACAAUGACAAUCGCAUUAGAGCUCUGUGACAGGAUAAAUGUUUAUGGCAUGGUGCCACCGGAUUUCUGCAGGGAUCCUAAUCAUCUUUCAGUACCUUAUCAUUAUUAUGAACCCUUGGGACCCGAUGAAUGCACAAUGUACAUCUCGCACGAGCGGGGACGGAAGGGCAGUCAUCAUCGUUUCAUCACAGAGAAACGAGUAUUUGAGAACUGGGCGCGGACAUUCAAUAUUCACUUCUUCCAACCAGACUGGAAACCAGAACCACUUACUGUAAAUAACCCCGAGAUUCAACCAGCGGUCUGAGGGACAAAUGCACAAGACUGCAACCACAAUCACCGACUGUAUCAGCCAUCAGGGUGUUGGAUCCUUCUGGGACGGCAAGGCGACUGACAACAAAAGGGUAACAGGAUUUGCAGCUGAUAACUGCAGCAAGUCAGGAAGUUAUGAUGAAGGAGUGUAUCGAGUGCUUUCUGUUGAACUGUGUGUUAAUCCAGUCUAUCGCCUUUUGGGCCAUCUGACUUCCUGUACGUGUGUGUGAUCUGUGAAAAGCAACUUGCUAUCAUUAACGGGAUGGUUAACUCAUUAUGGUUUUUUAAAGUAAAGUACAACAUCACUGAAUUUUCAUAGUGAAAACUUACGGUAUUUAUUUAAUGGAAGUUUUUAUGCAACCUAGGCCAGUAUUUUUCUAAUUCACAGUUCUGUGGUCGUUGAUCUUUCAUAAUCUUUCAAAUCCAGAAUUAAUAUUGCUGAUGGUUUGAAAGGCCUAGCUUUUUAUUUAUAAAAUUUGUUUGAAAAAAUAUGAUUCUAUAUAGCAUGUAAUUAAUAUUUGAUCUGGAAAUGUUGCAUUUCUUUUAAAAAUUCGGGGCUCCGUUCCAGCCUAAAGCCUUUAACAGCAAGAAUGGUCCCAUGUGCAGAUCUAGCUAACUUUACGUUCAGGCAUCUCAUGUUAAUAUGAAAACGGUAGUGAAAAUUCUGUUUGAUAUUAAUGUGAAUUUGCUGCUGUGCUAUCAAACUGCUCUAUUUUAAUCCAGAGGUGGGGGGAAGGAAGGCAGAGUUCAUCCCAAAGAAAUCAGUUUACAGCACCAUGUUCUCACUGAAGAAGAGACCAACUAAAGCUGGGGGGUUGUGUUUUGUUCUGCCUGUUGUGGUCCUGCAGGAGGCUGAAGGAGCAGCUUUCCUGAGGCAGCAAUCUGCAGACCAGGCACAGUUUGUAACAAUAGCUUGCAACAGCACAACCAAAUUUCUAAAACCAAGAAGCUGUGCUACCAUGUACCACAAGACCAACCCAAAAGAUGGUAACGUGGCACCUGUGUAAUCCAUGCCUUCCACUGUUCCAAGACCAGCACUGAUCUCAGAGAUCCCGGACUGCACUGAAGCUGGGAUGUGGAAAGAUUUCCAUGAAAUUGUCUCCCUGAGAACAGCAAAGUUACACCUGGCAGUUUCUGUGUGUCAUACGCAAGCCUGGCAAACACAAGGAGUGGACACUGCUAGUUCUGCAUGUGGAAGCUCACACUGUGUCUUACUGGGUUAUACUUGGCUUGUGAAUAAAGAAAAUUUCAUUUAUGCUAUUAUUUUUCCUUUUGCCUCACAAAUAUAAAAUCUCUACUCCUAUUAUUUUGAAAAAAUUACUCCACAAAACAUACUGACAAGAGGUGUCUCUCAUUGGACAAACACUAAAGCUAGAACAGAGAUACUACCUUGAAGCCUCUAAACCCAAUGAGCUCAACCUCAGAGGCAAUACAUAGAACUGGGAGCAAACUCAGUAUCAUUUAAACUCAGUUAUGACAUGUUAUGACUUUCUCUUUCCAAAAUGCCAUAGUAACAGCUGCAGCUGCCCAAUGCCCCAGUUCUCUAGGCACAACUGACAGUAAAGCACCUUGUUAGAGGUAGAACAGUGUUACCCCUGUAAUGCUGUGUAGACGUAAGAGAGCCACUCUCCUUGCUGCAGCACUCCCCACCACCACAAAGUAAGAAAGUACAACCUGUUUUUGCCUUAGAACUUUUGGUGCUCUUCCUGGUAUACAUCAUUCACCACACAAAAUUAAUGCAAAUCUCUGCUUCUGCCAAUUACUUGUAACCCAUCUCUCGCCAGCUCAUCUCUAACUCUCCCUCGUUCAGUGAUUAUGUUUUAUCCCUUCCACUUCAUUUCACAAAAUUCUACGAAGAACAGAAUGGGUUUUGAACUGAUAGUAAUUUGCACAUCCCUUUCAGCGUGUGUACUGGGGCAUGUAUCUAACAUGUAAUACCUGAAUUGAUGAACUCUGUCAAAUUGAUUUACACAUCAUUUCUAAUAUGACUGCAAGAGAUGGUGCAGAUCGGAGUAGGCGCUGUGAUGCCACUACCCUUCUGUUUUUAGUGAUUCAAUAAUAAAAAGAUCUUAUCAUAAAGUAAGCUUUUAGUUUUUCCAUUAACUGAGGGCUGCAGGAGAUACAUGCUAGAUGUUUAGAUUGUGAUGUUACUGUUAAAAAUACAUCCUUUAAAAUAGAUUACAGUGAUCUACUUACAGUAUUCAGCAGGACUUGUGGGACUGUGUUGUGCUCCACGUGCACGUCUCCUGCCCGAAAGACUGGGUAAUGCAAAAUAGAUCAGCUGAAGUAUUAAGAAUCUGAAGAAGAAACGUAGGAUAAACUGAUAUUAGAUCGUCUAACUUCCAACAGAGUAAAACUAAUGGUUGUAAAUAUUUCUUCUUCAGAUUUUGUAAAUAGUAACUAUCUGUGCAUUUCCAGUCUUUCUGAAAAACAAAACAAACCCCAAACUCAGUCUCAUCAACUUCCUGUGACGGUUCAGCAUUCACUGUAUUACAGAAAGCAUGAAGGUGUACUUUCUAAGUCACGCCUGCAUAUAUAAAACUUACUGUAAAAAGAAUUUGAUGAAGCCAAGAAGACAGCAUUUUUUUUUUUAAAAAAAAAGGACUGAUCACACAGAUUUAUAUGGGAUAUAAAUCCAGUCCAAAAUUUCUAAGUUAUGAGGGCAAAAAAAAAUUUUUUCAGUGCUGCAAUUUUAAUUUACAAAUUACUCAUGUAUUUUUGUAUAAAUCAAUAUAUUGAACUAUAGCAUAUCCUGCUACUUUCAGCUUGAAGUAAGGUUUUAUGGCCCAGUUAUAAAACAAACAAAUUUAUGAUAAAAAAAUGUUGUCAGGCCAAGGAUAAGUAGUACAACCAGAAGCUGCUGCCAUUCUCUACGCUGUCAUCUUACACUCGUCACUAUAAUUUGAUUGAUUCAUGAUCUUCAUUGUGCAUCAUCUUACAUAUUAAAAAUUGUUGCAAAACAGUGCUUAAGGACUUGAGCAAUUUUAAGAUCUGUGUUACUUUAGCUCUGAACUUCCAGCAUACCAAAGCCUUUUAUGCUGGGUUUCAUCUGAGCAGGUGUUUUUCAUCUUGAAGAACCAUAGCUGUUAUGCUAUACCAUGCAUAGCUGGAAUUGAGAUAGAUUGAUAAAGAAACUUAAGAAUGGAAAAAUAAUUGCCAUUGGUUUCUGGUACUUUGGCAACAAGAGUUGCCAGAUGCCCAGCUACCAGCAUCAUGCUACAAAAUAAAAGACAACCUUCCAUUCAGAGCUUUAAUGGGUGUCAAGGAGCGUCAAGUUUUCUGAAGCAAGUAGACAAGAUCCAGGUGAUGAGUCCACCUGGAGCUCCACAACUGGUUUUGCAAGGUUGCUCUUCAAAGGUUUGCAAAGAAACUGUGCUACUUCAGUAUAACGGAGACCUUCACCCAAGGAACCCAUCUGAACACAGGAAACAAAAGUUAAGAGAAUACAUCCUCAGAUUUCCCAGUGGGGUUAGGUUACAAGCAGAAUUCCACAGGAAAAUGUCACAAUAUAUUUUUGCUGCUUUUCUGAACUGUUCCCUUGACAUCUAUCGUAGGUCACUGCUAAACACAGUAUAUCAGCAUACAUUAUACAUACUCUAUCUAAAUUUAAAAAAAAAUAAGACAAAAAAGACGUUUCUGUAUAGAACGAACAUUAACUCUUAUACUAAAGCCCAGUUACAGUCUUGGCAUGCUCACAAUGUGCCGAUGCAAACCAGUGGCACAUGCCAGGCAGCCAUAACCUCUAACAGUAACUGCAUUUUCAUUUUACUGAAAGCAGUGUCAAAGCAUCUAGCUCAGAUAGAGAGCAAGACCAGACCCUAUUUAACAGUCAAGGAAAACUAUCUUCGUCAUUUCUCAUUUCUAAGAGCAGAUUUAUCUUCUUUAGAAGAUGCACAGUGAUAUAUUUAAGUCUGCCAGCUUCUUUACACAACCAAGACAGACAACCAUUAAGAUAACAUCAAUAGCCUUUAGGACACGAGAUACUUCCUAAGGUAUAGAGAAGAUAAAGGGAAUAAUGCAUAUUUAGCAGGGUAUAAGGUGUUAGGAAUUCGCUGACUUUGCUUUGGCCAUCAAGUCAAGCUAGAGCCUAUUAGUUGCAAUCCAAACACACAACAUGAUCCAAGUCAUGAUGUGAGUCUUAAGGGAAGAGCUUAGGCUUCUGUGAGGAUGUUUCCCUCAUUCCAUCUCUGCUCUAAUCAAGCUGCGCACAAUGCCAAAACCAGAAGAUGUUACCAGUAUUCAGUGCGUUGUUCAUUCAUGUAGGACAAAACUGGAACCAUUUCCCACUGCUGGUUUUUUUUUUCUUGUCUAGAGACGUAUAGCUGUAUUUAAAGGAGUAUAUGAAACACUAAAAGGCUUCCCCUGGUCACUUCAUUGCAAAUCCUAUUGCAGGCAAGAAGUAGCAAUAUAGAAAUAAGCAAUAAAAGGAAGUGCAGAAGAGCUUCCAUACAAGCAAAAAUUGUAAAGAUGGGGACAAGUGUGAAGGAGGUUAUGUAGAAGAGCUCUACAAAAUACUAAUGUGCACUGUCACAAUACACUGAUUUCUUCUCAUCACUACUCUUGCAUUAAAAAGACCAUGGGAACCUAAAAUCAUUACAACUUGAGCCACAGUAUUUUGAACUACACACUUAAUCUGGACAGGCAAACCAGCACAAAAAUAGCACGGAACUAACAGAAAGCAAACAGCAAUAGCUAAUGCUUAGUGGUGUUCUUCAUUGGUAAAUAUCAAAGUAUUUGACAUUGGUAAAUAUCAAAGCAUUUGACAAAGGAAAUAAGUACUGUUAUACUAGAACCAAAGCUAAAGAAAGCACAGGGUCUAAACCUUAAAUGCCCACUACAUGCAAAACCAGUGGCCCAAAUAAACAUGUAAUAUAUGACAGCAUUAUUCCAGCAUUUCCUUUUACAGGCAAGGAAAGAAAUACAUUUCCUAGUUCAAAUUAGUCAACUUUGAUGUAGGAACAAGUGUGACAUGCCACAAACCUUGUCAACAAAAUAGAUCCCAGCAGCCUGCUCUCAACAGAGCAGUGUCACCAAAGAAAUGAAUCAGCGAGCAGUGUGAAAAAAAUCUUAGCAAAAGAAAGAGCAUCUAUGCUAGAGCUUUGCCAGCAUUGCUCUUACUCUGCAGAGACAGCCUGUUUCUGGUAGUGCUUAUUUUGUUGAAGGGACUCCUACAAACAAUGCUACCAAAAUAACUUGCGUUGAUACAAUCCACGCCUCUAGGAAGCCUCUUGGCCAGAGCAGCAAAAAUGACAUGCCUGUACUGACAAGGCUUCAGUGCGCUGUGUGUAUAUACAAAAUAAACAACAAAAAAAUCUAAAAUUUGCAUGGCGAGGAAAACACAGCAGAACCAAACCUUAUGAGCUGUACAAGUUCAUAAACUUUGCACUGAAACUUUAAACGCCAUCAAUUUAAUCAUCAAAUAAGGCAGAAAUCCUCAUUAAGGAAAAAAAGUCACUUAUUUAAAAUAACUUGCAAGUGAAACCAGUGCUAUGAAAUGCUGAUUUCAGAGCACAUUACACAGCAUAUUCAAGUUCUCAUCAUAAAACCCCAACACUUUCAAGAUGUGUUUCCCUACAGCAUGUUAUUUUUAGAGGUUAAUGAAAGAGAUAAAGCAGAGAUAAUAGUGGAGUACACACAGCAGAAGAUACCCUCCAAAAGAAACAUCUCUCCUUAUUAUUUUUUCUUUUAAAAUAAAAAAUGCUUUUCAACACUCAAAAAAUAUAAAAACUCUAUUAUGCUCAUUAUUGUAAAGAAGUGUUGAAGUUACGGUUGACGAGACACUUUCAUUAUGCACACUAUUUUCUGUAGUUCAUAACUUUAUGGUUCUAUUAGUCUCUUGGGUGAGAUAUUUUAUGCUUGUCUUCAGUCCAAAGGUGAAUUCAUCCAGAAGGCAUAAUUCUACCAGGUCACGAAGAGCUCUCUGACAGACAGAGCUGGAAAGACCUAUACACAGGUAGACUGAGUUUUCUGAUGCUCCCAGGCUUUGUCCCUAAAUUUUCCCAUAUACAACAUCUUCCUGUCAUCAUCACCAUGCAGAUCUUCUCCACUCAUGAUAAAUUCAUAGUUGAAUCUGGUCCUUGCUUUUUCACACACCACUGGGUUAGUACUACCUACAAAUCCGUACAUGCUAAAGCAGGGCUCAUGCCCUUCUGAAGGGCAUUAGGCCAUGAGAUCCAUUCACUUCCAGUUCGUGUUUCCAGGAGGUAGUACCAGAGAAUGGAAAUCCCUGACUGCUGAAUGGAGGGAGAGAAAUGGAUUCCAUUUGCAGACACUCAUUUGCUUUCCUAUAAUCAAUAAUGGAGGCCAACUUUCAGUGAAGGUGGAGGGACAGGCCACUCCCUGAAAGAGCUAUACUCUAUAUACUGUAUACUAUACUACUGUAAAAAUACUUCUGAUGACUCUGUGACCUUUGUUUAUGGUAGGAAGACAGCAUUUCAUGGUGGUAUUCAGACUAAAAAUAAAAAUGUUUGGCUGGCUGAGA